AUGGCUGGAUCAGGUGGAUUAGGUCAGCUGUGGAUAGGGUGGUGGAAAGGUGAUGGAGAUGGAGUUGUGGUCGCGCAGGUCUUGUAUAGGGUUGGGAGGUGGUCGCGUGAGCGGUCAUCAGCAAGCUCGCAUAUUACCCAGGGCGCAGCCCCUUCGUCCUGGUGGGCGUUCCGCACCCCGAGCGCCUACCGCAUCUGGCACCACCAGUCUACACCACUCACGUGCGGCUUCGCCCCAGGAGCACCUAACCUUCCAGCACCGCCAGGAGAUAUGGCUCACGUUCGGAAGGCACUCACCAAUGCUCUGCUUGCUUGGGCCGCCAUGAGAUUAUCUCCCGCUCCGGAGAUGUUAGGAUGGAGUGACCCUGACCACAGCAUCUAUGGAACUUUUACUUCUUUUUGA